AAAGGUUGAAGUUGGGCAAAGAUCAGACCCCUUUUUAGAAAGGUGUUUCUGAACACCACUGACAACACGGUUCUCACAGUAUUUCAUGACAACCAAUGGUGACAGUGCUACGACAGAUGCUUCUCUACUAGGCACAGCUGCACACUACAUGGGAGGAAGCCACUAUGUGAUUCAGCCUCAUGAUGACACUGAGCACAGCAUGAAUGAUCAUGAAGACACAAAUGGUUCAAAAGACAGUUUCAGAGAAUGCGAUAUCUAUCUUCCAACUGCAAAUGUAGCAAGGAUAAUGAAAAAUGUCAUACCUCAAACAGGAAGGAUUGUAAAUGCCAAGGACUGUGUUCAAGAAUGAGUAAGUGAGCUCAUCAGCUUUGUAACAUCUGAAGCAAAUGAAAGAUGCCAUCAAGAGAAACGGAGGACAAUCAAGGGAGAAGAAAUUCUCUUUGCCAUGCUGACCUCAGGCUGUGACGGUUCUGUUGAACUUCUAAAAUUAUCCUUUCAGAAAUUCAGAGAGGCUAUGAAAGGAGAGAAAGGAGUUGGUGGAAGACUCAGAGCUACAGACGGACUAAGUGAAGAACUUACAGAGGGUCAACAACAAAAUGUUACGUUUAUACAAUGUCAUAUUUCUGGUGUUCAACGAAUUCAGUUUUCAGGGUCUGAAGAAAUGGUGGCAUGGGGUGGAGAGAAGCUUAAGUCUGUAUGA